UUUCACUUUCUGAUUAAGGUCCCCGAAAAGAAUUUUGUUUUGUCGGACCUGGAGCUGGAAUUGACUUUAUAUCCUCGAUCUACAUUGAGUAACUGUUAUUCAAAGUGCAAAGGGACGUUAAUUUGUGCAGCAAGAUCUGAAUCAUUUGGAGGAUAUUUCACUAAAACAUGCUUUUAAUGGUGAUUGAAAGCAGUCAAAGCACCCGUAUUCGAUCCGGCUGACAUUUGCCAUUUGAUCGGUUGUGUCAACGAUGACUACGCCUGACCUUUCCCGGUAUGGGAAGGCUGACUUCGGUGAGCUAUAGGGCCGGGUAUAGCUGCUAGCUGCGGCGUGCAGAUCUAACUAGGCCUAUACUUGCAUGACAACUUGACUUGGCCUUGGUCGGUUUGAAUAUUAAAUGACAUGAUUAACUGAGCUUGGAGAAAAAUUGGAAGAAUCAUAUAGUACUAAAUUGCCACUUUUUGUGGUUGUUUUGCAAUGGCAUGUCAUGUGAGAUUGAGUCUGACUUUAAUUCGUUUGAAAUGUAAAACAAACUUUGUUAGCAACUGCCGAAAAGUCCAUAGAAGUAGCGCACAGCUGAUAUCCAUUGUGCAAAAGGAUAGGAAUGAGAGAUGCAGUUCAUUAAAUGGAAAAUGGCAGACAUUUACUAGGAGUUUAGGAACCAGCUCUCAAUCUCGAUACCCAUGGCGUGUGAACCCGGUGCUUACCCCUGAACAGACAAGUGAGGUCCUGCAACAAAAUGAAGUCAGUGUCCAUUUUGAUGAGGAAUCCUCACAAAAAGCUGUGCAGAGAUAUGACAGCAAUCAGCUGUUUUCCAACAAGCCAGGAGAGGAUAGACGAGCCAUCGCAGAGUGUUUGCUGAGCAAUGGGAUUCUUUUUGGUGUUUUUGAUGGACAUGGAGGAACAGCUUGUGCUCAAGCAGUAUCAGAACGUCUGUUCAAUUACAUUGCAGCAGAGACACUUCCUUUCCAAACCUUGCCAAAGGUUCUAGCACAACUUCAGUGUGGAGAGGCGAAUGAAUUAGUAAAGUGGCACAGGCAUCCAAAUGAUUAUAAAUUACAAGCUACGGUCGACCUAUACAAGGAAAGCUUGAUCAGAUAUGUCCAAGCAAAUCUCUCUGUAGAUGUUUUGGAUGAUGAUUCUACUGCAGAUGUCCUGAAAACUGCAUUUGAUCGAUUGGAUAACGAUUUUUCAGCAGAAGCCAUGAGAGCCACAACGGAAUCUCUUGGUAUUGAACCAGUUUUAACAGCUGUCACUGGUUCAUGUGCUUGUGUGGCAUAUGUGGAUGAUCAGGAUCUUUAUGUUGCCAAUGUCGGUGAUUGUCGAGCAGUGUUGGGACGUAAAUCUGAGUAUGGUACAUGGGAAGCUGUCCCUUUAACAGUAGACCACAACGUGCAGAAUCUUGGUGAAGUGGAGCGAAUAAAGGGAGGGCACCCUUCUCAUGAAUCUACAACUGUGAUCAAGAACGGACGACUUCUUGGUGAGCUGAUGCCUCUCAGAGCUUUUGGGAACAUCCGUUUCAAAUGGACUGCUGAGAUGCAACAGAAACUGAUGCGAACAUUCAUUGGUUAUGUCCCACCCAAGAGUUACCACACUCCUCCGUAUCUUAUAACAACACCAGAGGUGACCUAUCGCAGGUUAACUCCUAAUGACAAGUUCCUUAUUCUUGCUUCAGAUGGUCUCUGGGAUAUGCUGACCAAUGAUAAGGCUGUUCAGCUCGUUGGAGAGCACAUGAAAUCUAUGAAAGCUUCAAGCAGCUAUUCUGUAGGAGAAGGUACUGCGUUGAAAAACAUUAUGGCAGAUCUCAAAGAAAGAAUGGACAUCCUCAAGUCAUUAGACACCAACUCUGCUACACAUCUGAUUCGCUAUGCACUCUGCGGAGUUGCAAAUGACUUUGAUCUGAACAAACUGGCCGAGAUUCUGAGUCUUCCAGAUGCUAUAGCAAGGCAGCACAGAGAUGACAUGACUGUCACUGUCAUUUAUUUUGACUCCUGAAAACCAAUAUUUUUGUGGUGAUGGUGUAGGUGUGUGAGUUAAAGCUUAUCUUACAUGUACAAUCUCUCUUCUCUCUGACUCAGUUUAAACUCUAUCAAAUACUUUAACAUGCUGGUCAGAAGUUCAGAACCCUCUUGACAAAUUAUAGCUUCUAUGUAUGAAUUCUUUUGAGUAGCAUAAUUAGUUUGUUGUGGUCACUUUUUCAAUAGCAUAUUUUAUGGAGCCCAGAAGAGACUUAAAUUUUAAAGGUCUGAAGAAGUUCUAGUGUAUUUCAAUUCUUAUUGCAUUUUAUUUGUACUGCACCUGAUUGCAAUCUGUAAUUUUCAGAGACAGCUGAUGCUUAUAGUGGAACUAGUUUUAUCAAGUUUGCAAUUUUUUCAAAUCCAGAAUGUAUUAAGGAAUAGGACUCUUGCAUGUAAGUGGAUGUUUUUAACCAGACAUCUCAUGGUAAUGUUCAAUGCCCACAGUUAAUAUGCCAUCUUAAUAAUCACUAAUUGAAUUACAGUUAUAUGAAAGAAGUGAAAUUUAUAAGAAAAUAUUACGACAACAAAACAUGCAUGUUGGCAUGUUCUCAGAAUCCUGUAAACUACAAGGUCUACAAAGUUGAAAGAAACUGUUGUCUCUCCUGUAUAGCAGAGCGAGACUAUGGUUGCCGCUUUUCCAAAGGCAACAGGGGCGUCAUCAUCAACAUUGUAAUCUUAACAAAGGUUAAGUUUUUAUAUCACUGAUCAUCUUGCAUGAGUUUCAGGUCAC